AUGGGCAUUGUUGACUAUUUCAGUCGACCGCGUGGUCUUCAGACUCGCGGUAUUGACACCCCCACUAUGGAGGCCCCAAAGGUUAUUGAACCUACUGUUACUUCGAGCCCGGAGUCUUCUGGUGCAGUCACACCCGCACACAUGCUGCCAUCUCCGGCUGGGAGUGAAGAUCCGUUUAUUCUUGAAAAGAUUCCACACCAAUUCGGUCGCCUAGGCUCUUGGAGAGGAUGUCUGAUCUUGCUGGUCACAUCUGGCUCUCAAUUUCUUGAUAAUGUUUUUAUGACCAGUGCCAAUAUUGCUCUGUCCUCGAUCCAGCGGGAUUUUGAAGUUUCCGGUACAGACCUACAAUGGAUGAUAUCUGCAUACACCUUAUCAUUUGGUGGUUUCCUUUUACUGGCUGGCGCUCUAUCUGAUCGCUACGGACGAAAGAAGAUCCUUUGUCUCGGUCUGGCCUGGCUAUCUGUCUGGACCCUGGCCAUUGGCUUCGGCCAGUCUUUCAUUCAACUCACAGUGUUCCGUGGAAUUCAAGGGAUAGGAGCCGCACUCACUGUGCCGUCCGCCAUUGGAAUCAUCAGUUCUUACUUCAGCGGUGUUGACCGUACCCGGGCGCUUUCUAUCUAUGGUGCCUCCGGCACCCUUGGAUUCUGCACUGGCCUUAUCUUUGGUGGCUUCUUGACCUCUUCACUCGGAUGGAGGUACAUCUUCUACUUGAUCGUCAUCAUCACCGGCUCGCUGGGCGUCCUGGGAUUCAUCGUCCUUCCCGCCGAUGUGCCGUCUAAGCAAAAGAAGGAGCGCAUGGACUACAUUGGCGCAGUGAUGUCCACUGCUGGUUUGAUUCUCCUUCAAUUCGUCCUCUCCAGUGGCGGAACAUACGGCUGGGACCAGCCUUUCAUCAUCGUUCUCUUGAUUUUAGCUGUUGGUCUCCUUGUUGGAUUCACUAUCCUUGAGAAGUACAUCAGCAACCCCAUCAUGCCGCUGUCGUUGUGGAAGAUUCGCAACUUCGCAGGCCUCUGGGUGAUUGGCUUCACUGGAUAUGGUACAUACCAGAACGUCAUCUAUUACAUUGUGCUCAUUGCACAGGAAGUGGACAAGCUUAACGCAGGCGACACCGCUCUCCGCUUCUUGCCCAUGGGUGCCAUCGGCUUCAUCGUGUCCCUUGGAACAGGAAAGCUCCUUGAGUACAUGAAUGGGAAGCAUCUCCUGAUCGCUGGACUAGUUCUGGCCGUUGUUGCUCCCAUCUCUAGUGCUCUAACUUCGAGCCCUGAACACAGCUUCUGGCUCAAUGUUCUUCCCACCUCUUUGAUCAGCAUCUCGUCCGUGUCAUUCAUCUUUGUCACUACUAGCACAGUUGUGCUAACCAGCGUGCCUGUCGAGGUCAAAAGCUUGGCUGGUGGAAUGCUGAACACUGCAUUCCAAAUUGGCUCCGGCGUUGCUUUGGCUAUCUCAGCUGCUGUCACUGAUGCUGUCGAUAUCCAGAAGGGACAUGGCCUUGCUGAACAGUAUGGUACCGGUCUUUGGUGCUCUGUCGGUCUUGCUGGGCUUGGCUUGAUCGUUGGUCUCGUUGCCGUUCGGGAAAAGGGCAUCGGUCCUAAAGACAGACUUGGUGCCGGCCCCAUUGCCGUCUGA